AGUCACAUAUUGAACCUUAAACUUUAUACAUCAAUGUCAAAAUUAUCUGUGGAUAAACUGUCAAACUAAAUAACCUGACGUGGUGUAUUGAAAAAUACCAUUUUUGGUUUAUUUCAUUAAAUAGUAUAUGGAAAUUGUGCCUAUAGAAGAUUGUUAUAUCAAAUAAAAUUCACAUUUAAGCAUUACAAAUUAAAAAUGACGUAUGUGACUGGUGGUCAAGUUCAGCAAAAUCCUCCCUUGUUUACACGAAUUUCAAAGAUAUUUGAUGGUGUCAUUAACUUCAUCAUUAAUUUUUUUGUUACACUGAUUCCAAUUGAUUACAACAGCCAAAGCAGUUCUAGUGGCUCUAGCUCUUACAGGGGAAGUGGUAGUUCCCUGGGUCGCGGUGGCGGUGGAGGAGGGGGUUGGGGUAGUGGAAGACCAUUUGGACCUGGGGGUGGUGGUGGCAAUGGUGGAGCCAGAUUCAGAACUAUGAGAGACAUAAACCCUCCAACAGUUGGUGGUUGUCCUGGAGGAUCUUGUGGUAUGUGAGGUGAAUAUUUGAUUCCAGUGAGGACAACAUACUUCACUAAAAAUUCCAUUAUAUUUAUUGUAUAUUUGAAAUAUCUAAUUCUAGUACUAUAUUUUAUUUAAUCUAUUCUAGUUUAAUAUAAGGAAUUUAAUAUAUGUUAUACUUAUUUCUUUUGGUGUUGAAAAAAUUAUAAUAAAUGUUUAAAUAAUUUAA